AUGGUGACCGUAACAAUAAAGGUAAGGGUGAUGGUGACGGUGACGGUAACUGUAACAGUAAUGAUAAAGGUGAUAGUAAUAAUAACAGUGGCGAUAACGGUAACAGUGAUGAGUUAUGGUAACAGUGACGAUAACAAUGAUGGUUACAGUAAUGGUGAUGGUAACGAUCACGAUGACGAUAACGGUCAUAGUAACGGUAAUGGUAACGGUAACAAUUACGAUGAUGGUAGUGGUAACGGUAACAGAAACUAUGAUGGUAACAAUAUCGAUAACGGUAAAAGUGACGGUAACAGUAACGCUAACGAUAACGGCCACGGUAAAGGUGACAAGAAUAGUAACAGUAAUUGCAAUGGUAAUGGAGAUGGUAAUGAUGACGGAAAUGGUGACGAUAAAGGUGAUGGUGAUGGUAACAGUACUGGUGACUGUGACAGUAAUAAUAACGAUGGCGGUGACGGUGGUGGUAAUUGUGACUACAAUGAUAAAGGUGUCGGUAACAGUGACGGUAAUGGUUACGGUGAUGGUAAUAGUAAGGGUUACGGUGAUGGUGACUAUAACAGUAACGGUAAGGGUGAUGGUGAUGGUAACGUAAUAAUAAUGUUGACAGUAACCGUAACCGUAUCGGUAACAGUGACGAUAAUGGUGUUGGUAACAAUAACGGUGACGAUAAUGGGAGUAGUGACGCUAACAGUAACGGUGGCGGUAACAACAACAGUGACGAUAAUAAUGAUAGUAAUGGUAACAGUAACGGUCAUGGUAACGGUAAUGAUGACAUUGACGAUGACGAUAAUUGUAACGAAAAGAGUGACGAUAAUGGUCAUGAUGAUGGUAACGAUGACGAUUACUGACACUAAUGGCUACGAUAACGGUAAUGAUAAUGGUGACGGUGAUGGUAACAGUAUCGGUAACAGUCACGAUAAUGGUGAUGAUAACGUCGUCGGUAACGAUAAUGGUACUGGUGACGAUAACGGUAAGGGUGACAGUAACGGUUAUGAUAAUGGUAAAGGUAAUGGUAACAGUUAUAGUAACCAUGACGGUAACAGCCAUGGUCACGGUCACAGUAACGGUGACAGUGACGAUAAUGGUAAUGCUAACGGUGAUGGUAACGGUCACAGUGACAUUAACGGUGAUGGUAAUGGUGACGAUAACGAUGAUGAUAACAGUGACGAUCAUGAUGAUGGUAAUAGUAAUGGUGACGCUAACGGUAAUGGUGACAGUGACAGUAACGGUAACGGUCUUGGUAAUGGUCACGGUAACGGUUAUGGUGAUGAUAACAGUAGCAACAACGGUGAUGGUGAUGGUAACAAUAACUGUGACGGUAAUAGUGACGUUAACGGUUAUGGUGAUGGUAACGGUAAUGGUAACAAUGAUGGUGAGAGUAAUGGUAAUUGUAACGGUGACGGUGAUAGUAACGGUAACGAUGAUGGUGACUAUAGCGGUGAUAGUAACAAUGACGGUAAUGGCUAUAGUGAUGGUGGUAGAAGCAGUAAUGGUAGUGGUAAUGGUGACGGUCACUGUAAUCGUAACAGUAACGGUAAUGGUAACAGUCACGGUAACAGUGAUGGUAAUAUUAAUGGUAAUGAUAAUUGUUACGGUGAUAGUAACGGAGACGGUAAAGGUGAUGGAAAUGGUAACAGUGACGAUAAGAGUGAUGGUGACGAUAACGGUUACAGUAAUGGUUAUGGUAACGAUUACAGUAAAGGUUACGGCCACGAUAACGGUAAUGGUAAUGGUGAUGGUGACAGUUACGGUCAUGGUAACAGUAAUGGUAACAGUAACAGUGACGGUAAGGGUGACUAUUAA